CAAAUUGUUGCAAUAAUUUCUUUACGGAGAAAGUAAUUAAAUAGUCCUUCCCAUAUCCUUCUUCCCCAGCCCCCCCUGUCGUCAGCUUGGGAUUUUGAUGUUUGAUUGUCCAACAAAUCAAGAGGUACUAAUUACCAAUUGGUGACGUGAAGAGUUGUUUUCGGGACAAUAAUUGGUGAAGUAUAACUUUGAUUUGAUCUUCGGGGAUUCUAUAUGUAAGUAUAUUGUAACAGUAGAUAAAUUUUGAGUCAGCGAUGAGAGGGAGUUGCUUCCUCACACCAUUAUCUACCACAAUUCCUCCUCUCAUUUCUUCCAUACUGCAUAAAUUAAUUUGUAGACCCAACAACACAACACUUCGUCACCAUCACUGCAUUGCUGCUUCUUCUUCUUCUUCUUCAUCUUUACCUGUAUCUUUGAAUUCAUCCUCUUGUUCGUCAUUUAUUUCCCACAAACCCCAAAUUCCUCUGUUUUUAAGGCCACCCAUCUACUCUGCUUCCCUAUUAGACCUCCAGAAGUUCUAUAGCUGGGCUAAAACCCUCACUUCGUCUGUUGGCGCCGCCUUUGUUGAAUUGGACAAUGGCCCGGAUUCAAUCCUCUUACUCAGAGAGCUUAAAUGGUUCCUCGAAGACAUUGUUGAUGACCCUUUACUUAUUUCUCGACUGGGUGUGAUUCAAAAUGAUGGAUUAAGCUCAAAAAGGGUGAGUUUGAAGGUAAGUUUGGAUCAAAUGUACGACUUUUGGCGACAGAGGAUUGAAGAGAGGUGGCCUUUUCAGUACAUUGUUGGGUGUGAGCAUUGGAGGGACUUAGUUUUAAGUGUUGAACAAGGGGUUUUGAUUCCAAGGCCGGAGACGGAGAAGAUUGUUGAUUUGGUUUCGGAGGUGGUGGGCAAAUUUAAGGGUUUGAAGGAUGGGAUUUGGGCUGAUUUGGGAACUGGCUCUGGUGCUCUUGCUAUCGCGAUUUCUAAGAUUUUGGGUAAGGAUGCUAUGGUUAUUGCCACUGACUUGAGCCCUAUUGCAUUUGCUGUUGCAACUUAUAAUGUGGAGAGGUAUGGCUUACAGAAUUUCAUAAAGGUGAAGCAAGGACGUUGGUUUGAUCCACUUCUGGAAUUUGAAGGACGACUUGCUGGUCUUGUGAGUAAUCCACCUUACAUACCAAGUGAAGAUAUCACUGGGCUGCAGGCUGAAGUUAGCAAACAUGAACCUAUACUUGCAUUGGAUGGUGGUGUGGAGGGCAUGGAUAGUCUUUUUCAUCUCUGCACGAGAAUGUCGAUGAUGCUGAAGCCUGGAGGUUUCUUUGUUUUUGAGACUAAUGGUGAAAAGCAAUGCAAGUUACUGGCAGACUACCUGAAAGAUGCGACCGGAGAUAGCUUCCGUGAUGUAACUAUCGUAUCGGAUUUUGCUGGUAUCCUACGGUUUGUGGCUGGGCACCGUAUAUAACUAGAUGCAUUAGCAGUUAACUGAAGGCUGCUGGAGGAAAGGUAUCCUUAUGGCCUAAGACGCUUCAAUUCAAUAAUUUUUUUCCUCCUGUCUGAAUUAGCUGUGUCCAGUGCAUGAUUAUUGUUGUUGCCUACUCCAGUGGUUUCUAGACAUAACCAUGUUAGUUGAUCUCGGAUCAUUGCCAGAUGCACAGAAAGCAGGUAGAAGAUUAGUUGAUCAUUGGCUGUAUCUGCUCGUGUGUCGUAUCCCCUGUUGAACUUGAAUGUAAGGUGGACAACUUGCUCAAUUUGUUCUGAGGGACAUUUAUGAUCUAUAUCCUACAAAGACCAAAAUCCUGCAUGAGCUUGAAAGCAUUGUUUUCUUUAUUCCCACAUAUGACAUAUUCCUUCUGACUUGGUGCUGAUAAUCUUUGCUGGUUAGGCUGUAGAUUUUACUUGUCACCUCGCCUGUUCUUUGCCUGUUAUCUGAUGCACCAAAUGCUCGUGAGCACCAUCAGGUGGAGCUGUGUUCAUAAUCCUUAUGCUGGCAUCUGGCUCUUAGGCUCAUGUGGUUUUCAUUAGAGGUAGCGAAACCAGGAAAUCGGUGCGCUAUGCCAAUAUGCCUACUGUGUUGCUACUCACGACUUGUUUGGUAGCAAUUAAUUGCCGUUUAACAACACCAGACCUCAGUAUUUCAGUUGCUAGCAUUAGCUUGCUGUUUGAACUAUACUCAAUUCUGAGUAGAAAGAAAACGAAGUUGAUACCGAUUUCGUGUACUGUUGCGAAUAGUUGUUCUCUUAGGUGACUUGAACACCUUAGUUGGAACUUAGCUUGUUCCUUUUUAACUAGUAGUCACUAGGCUAUCGUUUUUGCUAGUUUUUUUUGCUAGUAUUUCUCUAUGGCUCACAAACUUUGACCCUAUUCUUUAAUAAUUACUCCAUCAGUUAUUAGUUGUACCAAAUUAAUUACUUUUCCACUAUUCAUAUACUUUUUUU